CAAUUAUCAGUUAAUGGAUAAAACACACGUCACCACUCGGAAGCUGCAGGCCGUUCAUGGCAGCAGCCACGCCUCUACUCUGUGCUGCUCUCCGAUCUCACUUCCCUUCCCGGAGAUUCUCUCCGAAUCGCGAAACCAACGCUCCUUUUCGCUUCGAUCUCCUCCCUUCUCCGUAUUCAUUCCGUUCCGUCGCUACCGCCGGCAGAAUUUUCCCGCGUUCUCCGGCGGCGAAGCGGAAGACUGAUCAGGACGACGAUCAGCCUCCGUCGCAGGAGCUCGCGAUAGCGUCGGCCUGUCUCGUCGGAGUACUCACCGGAAUAAGCGUGGUUCUCUUCAACAACUGCGUCCACUCGCUACGUGACUUCUCGUGGGACGGGAUACCCGAUCGCGGAGCUUCGUGGCUUAGAGACGCGCCGAUCGGCUCCGUAUGGUUGCGCGUCAUCCUCGUCCCGACUCUCGGAGGUUUGUUGGUCAGCGUCCUUAACCAGCUUCGUGAAUCUGCUGCUGAGGAGGAUUCUGAUGAUACCUCCGCUGUGAAGGCGGUGCUGCGUCCCUUCCUUAAGGCUGUUGCCGCGUGUGUGACGCUCGGAACGGGGAACUCGCUGGGUCCUGAAGGUCCUAGCGUUGAGAUUGGAGCGUCGAUAGCGAGAGGAGUGAACUCUGUGUUUAAUAAGAGUCCUCGGACUGGGCUCUCGCUUGUUGCCGCUGGCUCAGCUUCUGGAAUCUCUUCUGGGUUCAAUGCAGCUGUUGCUGGAUGCUUCUUUGCAGUUGAAUCCGUUUUGUGGCCUUCAUCAAGUGAUUCAUCUACAUCACUUCCAAACUCUACCUCAAUGGUUAUUCUUAGUGCUGUUAUUGCUUCUGUUGUGUCUGAAAUCGGACUCGGAUCUGAACCUGCGUUUAAGGUUCCUGACUAUGACUUCCGCUCUCCUGGAGAACUUCCACUCUAUCUUUUAUUGGGAGCUCUGUGUGGUUUGGUCUCGUUGGCGUUAUCUCGAUGCACAUCUUCCAUGACAUCUGCUGUUGACAGUCUUAACAAGGACGCUGGGAUACCAAAGGCUGUGUUUCCUGUAAUGGGUGGCUUAACUGUUGGUAUCAUAGCUUUGGUAUACCCUGAAGUCUUGUACUGGGGUUUCGAGAACGUGGAUAUUUUGUUGGAGUCUCGUCCUUUUGUGAAGGGCCUUUCGGCUGAUCUUUUGCUUCAGCUGGUUGCUGUCAAGAUAGCUGCAACAGCAUUGUGCCGAGCUUCUGGAUUGGUGGGAGGAUACUAUGCGCCUUCUCUGUUUAUUGGUGGGGCAGCAGGAAUGGCCUAUGGGAAGUUUAUUGGCAUUGCCUUGGCUCAGAAUCCUGGAAUCCAUCUCUCUAUCCUAGAAGUGGCAUCUCCACAAGCUUAUGGUCUGGUUGGAAUGGCUGCUACACUUGCGGGGGUUUGUCAAGUUCCUCUUACAUCGGUACUAUUGCUGUUUGAACUUACACAGGACUAUCGUAUAGUGUUACCCCUUCUGGGAGCUGUAGGUAUGUCUUCAUGGAUUACAUCUGGACAAUCAAAGAGACAAGAAACAAGAGAGACAAAAGAAACUAGGAUAAGAAACAGCCAAGAAGCUGUACAGUCUCUGGCGUCGCCAGAUGAUGGAUCGUCAACGAAUAACCUUUGUGAAGUUGAAAGUUCUCUUUGCAUAGAUGAUUCAAGCAUCCAAACUGAGGAGCUACAAAGAACUAUCUUCGUUUCAGAAGCCAUGCGAACAAGAUUUGCUACAGUUAUGAUGAGCACUUCUCUGGAAGAAGCAAUAACUCGUAUGCUGAUAGAGAAACAAUCCUGUGCGCUGAUUGUUGAUCCUGACAAUCUUUUUCUCGGUCUACUUACACUUUCAGACAUUCUGGAAUACAGCAAAUCAAGAAAAGAAGGAAGCAAAGCACCCAAGAUUUUUGUUAGUGAAAUAUGUUCAAUGAGCGGAGGAAGAUGUAAAGUGCCGUGGACUGUGACACCUGAUAUGGAUCUUCUCGCUGCCCAAACAAUCAUGAACAAGCAUGAAAUAUCUCAUCUUCCAGUCGUUUCAGGAGGCAGUGAUUCUCGCAGAAUACACCCUGUUGGGGUCCUAGAUAUAGAAUGUAUCUCUGUAACCCGCCGAGCUCUAUCAACCAGAAUGUUCCUCUUCUGAGUCAAUUCUCCAUCCAUAAACGGUUUACUUUGUAACUUUUCUUGUGCUGACCUGGAUGGUUUCAAUAUUUUUCUCCUCUGAAGCUGGAGACCAUUUUUUGUUCCUUGUAUUAACAUACCUUGGGGGGGGGGGGGGGGGGGGGGUGUGGGUGGGGAAGAGUUGGAUGUGCAGCAUGUUUAGAAGAAGUUCGUCUUCUCCAUCUGUUGGUUGAGAUGGUGGAAGCUCCAUUUCCAGCUUCAGAUGUUGAGCAACCCUAAUGGAAUACAAGCAUGGAACGUGAUACUAAAAAUAUCUUCAACAUUGUAACCAAACAUACUAUGCUCAGGUGAUUCAUUACUAUUCCAUCAUAUUUUGUACGGAAAGUCGCUGUACCUUUCUCAAUUUUGUAUAUUUUGUAAAUUGCUACUUCGCUUAUAUCAUAGUGAGAAAGUUUUGACUACUUGAA